ACAAAACUUACUUAUUAAAGAAUUUUUAUCGAAAAAAACUUGCACAAGCGGUGCAAACAUGAGUCUUCAAUUAGAUUUAUACAAUUGGCAAUCUGGUCAGAUACUGUGCUAUGUGUCAAAACCUGACACUCGACCUGUUGUUCUGGAAGUUGAUGUUGACAGACAUGCAAUUGGACAAGAUAUUUUAGAGAAGGUCUGCGAUUUGAUCGGCACCGUCGAAAAAGAUUACUUUGGUCUUCAAGUAUGUCCAGUCAAGCGUGAACCUUUCUGGAUGAAUCUCCGCAAUAGGGUCAUAGGUCAAAUAUCUGGUCAACCACCAUAUCGACUAAGAUUGCGAGUGAAAUACUACAUUCAACCUCAUCAGUUACUGCAGGAAUCUACCAGACAAAUCUUCUAUUAUCAACUUCGCCAAGACGUCAUAGACGGAAAGUUAACAGUUCCGCAAAACAAAAUUCCUCAGCUUGCUGCGUAUCUUGCACAAGUUGAACAUGGGGAUUGUUCUACCAUGGAUUCGACGAAUAUCUAUAAAAGUUUAAAGUUCGGGGACAAAGUUUUGACAGAUGAAGAUAUUACUGGAAUUGCUGAUUUUCACAAAUCAUUAGAAGGACAAACACAAUCUCGAGCCAUGUACUUUUUCUUGAAAGAGGCAGCAGAUUUGCCAAGUUAUGGGACAGAGGUUUUCAAUGGUAAAAUUGAAGUACCGCACUCCCACCCUCAUAUGCCAAAUCUCUCUCCUGCAGACACAACCAAUGUUUUGAUGAGAAUUGGCCCAUUUGGUCUUGAAAUUGUAGAAGAAAAAUCGGAAGAAAUUAGAAGAAUACCAUUCACUGCCGUUCAGCUUGCAACGCACACAGGGAAAAUGAUUGACAUUGACACAGUUCUGGACGAUGGAUCUACAAGUACUCUGACUUUUCGAAUGAGCUCAGAAAAAUCAAGUAACGCUUUAUAUAGGUGCAUCACCGAAAUGCUUGCAUUUUUCACCUGGGAGACUGUACAUUCAUCCGUAAUGCAUCAGUAUAGCCGCGAUUUCAAAGGCCAUUUGCUGGCUCUGUUCCGACCAGAUGUAGCUGAUCAAGGAAAGCAAUAUGUAUUUGACGUCCAACGAACUUGGCGAGAAGCUUAUGAUUUGGCGAGACGAACUCUACACAAACAAAACUUACGAAUCAGUGGUUCGAUUUCUGAAAACUCUUUAUCAUCACAUAGUGUUAAAAAGCACAAAAUAAAUCAAGCGGAACAAAAUAACGAAGUCGAACUUUUACGCGAAAGACUGUCAGCGAUCCAUGACGCUUUAACAUGCAGGAUAUGCAUGGACAAUGAAAUAAAUACUGUGUUUUGGUCAUGUGGUCACCAAGUUUGCUGCAACGACUGUGCAAACCAAUGCCAGACUUGCCCUAUUUGUCGACAAGAAAUAACAAAAACUCAAGUCGUUUUUCCGACUGUUACAAGAGACUUUGUCGCCACCGGAAAUAUGGACUCUGGCGCUAGUGGUGGCUGCUCUCCAAUGAGUAUUUCACCUCGCUCACAAUCUCCAACACACGGCAUAAGAUCAACAUCUUUAACAAUCGCAAAUUCAGAACAGACACUAGUGGCAUCAGAGAGCUAAUUUUCAUGCUCGUUUGAGGGACAGAUUCAGAAUUAAAUCAAAAUAUAAGAACAUGAAUAUGAUAAACCUGCCCUAAAUAACUUUUCAACAGAACUAAAAUUUAUCUUGCGAAAAAGCAGAAGGAACGAAUAUAGGUCGUUCUGAAUCCUUUCAGAAACUUUCAAAGAUGUUAACGCUUACGUUUUUUAUUUCUUAAGCCGCUGGACGUAUUUUUUAAUACUGUAGUAUAAUUUCGUUUCUAUUUCAUUUAUUUUUUUGGUGUCGUGUUUUUAUAAGUCCUGUGUAAUUUUAGAUUAAUUUUUUUAUUUCUUCCGAAGCGAAAAUAGUUUACUUCACACAGUUUUGGCAUGGGCUCACGGUAAUUCGUCGUUUUAACAAUGGCCCUUAAAUAAAAAGCUACAACUGUUUAUAAUUUUCUUUUAUUCUCGGCUUGAGGUGUCUUUCAUUUCAUUAUGACAAUUUAUGUUUAUGAUGUCAUAGAUUUAUUGUGUUAGAUGUCAUGAUAGUUUUGUGACAUGACGAAUAGAACUUGAAACCCAAUUGUGGCAUCAUAAUAGCAAUCUGACAUAGUGCCUCAGCUAUCUUUCUCUUAAUUAUGCUACUUGCCAAUUCUUUAUGCUGGUGUAUCUUUUUUCUAUUAGAUCAGCUUGGUCAUAAAAUAUCUCCUCAAUUUUUAUUGCCUGUGCUUGAAUUAAGUGUUAUCUAAUUAGCAAAAUAGCUGGGCUUUGUUUUAUUAAUCUCUUGCCUAUGGGUGCAAUUUUUUUUUCAAUCGAUAGGAUUUAAUUCCAAUUCUGGAGUGGGAUUAGCUUUCAGUUAUUUAAAUUUAAGCCUGUGCAAAUGUGAUAAAAAAGUAGCAUUUCAGAAAUCAGAAUAUCAUGGAUGGCCAUGAACGUAUGAUAUCGUCUUGAGUUAAGGUGUCAACUAAAAAGCAAUAAUGACAUAAUUCUGUGGUUGGUCGUAUUAUUACUUAGUUUAGAGUUAUUUUUGCGGAAAUUUGUUGAUUUUUCCAACAUAUAUGCCACUGUUUAAAGUUUGGUUAGGCUGAUGGAACAACAAAACAAAAAUUUGUUUGUGUAGAAUGUAGAAUUGUACAUUCAGCCUUGUGUUUGUCACUGUGUUAUAGCAUUUUACGUUUUUUUGUGAUGUCAUUACUUGAUGACAUCAUUCAAUUUUACAGUUUUCUUUUUUAUGUUAUGAAUAGUGUGGGUCUCUUUUAAGUAACAUUUUUAUUGACUUGAUCGACUUCCCGCUCAAAAUUUUUUUUAGUUUCACCUAACACCCUUCUAUUACCAGCGUCUCUUUUGUAAUGCUUGUCCAAAUUUCACUGAAAUCUUUAAAUUUUUUGCCCCCGACCUGUGAUUGACACUGAUAUGCACAGAUUUUGAUAUCUCUUGGAAAAAUCCAUCUGGUCAUCCUUAGUUUAGGGGGUAGGGGCAUAUUUCAUGUUUUCUUAUUUUUGAUUUGGAAUAUCAUCCAUGUUUCGAAAAUCUGAUAUUAUGGGAGUGUGGUUUGUUACUUUCAGUUUUGACCAAUUUUAUUUGAAUGUCUUAUUUCUUUGUUUUAUGUUGAAUAUUUUCAUGCCACGGCAAUGCAACUCGAAAAAUAGAAAACCCUGAAAAAAA